CAUGAUCACACCUGUGCACUGCUUCACGUGUAGCAGGAUCGUCAGCAACAAGUGGGCGGCCUGCCUGGGGCUGCUGCAAGCCGAGUACACCCAGGAGGACUCCCUGCAGUGCUGUGUGCCGCUGGCCCACACGGACCUGACCGAGAAGCUGCUCAAUUAUGCACCCCUGCAGAAGUGAUGGUUCUGGAGCCCGGUCAUGGUUUGCUUAAAAUCUCUUCCUUUGGGGAACACUCCUUCCUCUUCUGUAGUCUCCUCAUUCCAUUCUAGGGUGACUGGCCCCAUGGAAGAGCAC